UCCACAGAGAGGACGUCCAACUGCUGAACAAGUCCUAAGAGGAGACACUUAGUGAAGUUGUCCAGCUCCUGGUCCUGGUCCUUGUUCCGGUCCUGGUCCUGUUCCUGGUCCUCGUACUUGUCCUCGUCAUUGUGUCCUGGACGGUUGAGUUCAUAGGUCAUGGCGGGCACUGAUGUCCUCCUGCUGUUGCUCGGGGCAACGACUUUGCUCAUAGGGACAUCAGCUCAGAGAAGCAGAGUUCGUGGUCAAAACAUGAAAGUUCGCAUUAAUGCGACGGGCGACACCAUCGUGAUGAAGUUCGUGCGUCCCAGUGCUGACGUAAAGUUAGAAGGUUACAUCCUCGGAUACGGCAGCAGCGUCUUCUCCAAACAGUUCUUUCAUCUGCCGGAGAACGGACGAGUCUACGAGACUGAGCUAGAUGCUGAACCUAAGUACCUGGUGGCAGUGCAGCCAAUCCCAGCCAAUGAUGUGAAGAAGCACUGCACAGGUAAGGUGGACCUGGAGAAGCCUCUUCACGUGGUCCUGGGCUCUGUCAGUCCCACGGCGGUUCUUCUGUCCUGGGGAAACCACCUGAAGACGCCGUAUGAAGGAAACAUCAUGAACGAGUGUCUGGCAGAUGGGUUUUACACCAUCCGGUACCGGGAAAGGAACAAGAAGUGGAAUUACCAGACGUGUCCAACCAGCGACACGGUUGUGGACAACCUGAAACCCGACACCGCGUACGAGUUUGGCGUGCGGUCCAACAGCGACGAGCGCAGCGGGACGUGGAGCAGACCCGUCCUCCACAACACCAACAUGAGCAAGAAAAACACUCACAAGACAUUUAAGCUGCGAAAGACUCUGUCCAAGUCCCUGAAGCCUGCUGGAGCUCUCUUCCCUCCUCGUCCAGUUCUACACAAUCGCACUCAACCAAGAAGACAACCUGGACUCAGUGGAGCAACACACACACAUGAUGGACAUGUCCACUCUGAUGGAAACCUGGUUCCCAUGACGACCGUCCCUCUGUCCUCUUCUGCUUCAGACAAUGGAAACAACACCAAGCGCCCGCUGGAUCCUGGUGCCUCUGUCCUGCCCCGACUCCAGUCGUCCUCCCCGUCCUCCACAUCCUCCCCGUCCUCCCCGUCCUCCAUGUCCUCCACAUCCUCCCCGUCCCCUCCGUCCUCCACAUCCUCCUCGCCCCCCCUCACUGACAGUGAUGCAGCAGAGAAGCGUCACAGCCCUGAAGCGUUUAAACCUCAGGACAAACUCCUGCAGCUGAGAAAAGCUCUGAGCAGUCAGAGGACUGAAGGUCAAAGCAGAAACCUGAACCCAGCUCCCAAAUCCUCCAGGCCUGCGUCAGGAAACCCCGUCUUUCCCGUCUCUAACGGCUUCAGACAGUCCGGGUCCUCUAGACACGGUAGCUUGUCCCCGAACUCCGGGAUACUCAGGGUACAUGGACAGCUCCACCGGGGCGUCUCCCCUCCUAAACCACUGUUAUGGCAGAGACACCGGCUGGGGUCUCCAGUUCGUCCUUUGAUUCCUAACAAGAGACCAAACCUGGUUGGGAAGCCUGGAGACUCAGACAAAGUCAACAACUUCAAACAGACGGACAACUUAGCGAUCCUGAAACCUAAAGUCCUGCCGUCCACCGGCAAACCCACCAAACCGGAGCGGAGGGGGAGCACGACGACAACGCCAAUGACGACGGCAGCAUCUCUACACGAAACGUGGGAAGACUCCGACCUCUUCAAGUCACAGCCGACCUCUGACCUCGACGCCCAGGGGAAGAAGCGUUAUGUUGCUCCGCACGUCAUUUAUCAAACCGGGAAGAGAGCGGACGAGCCGUGCUCCAUCACGUCCUCGCUCAACUUCUUUCCACAGAACGAACGCAGUGACGCAAACUUCACUACUCCGCCCAAGACUCCGCCUUCUAACCUGACUGUGGUGACAGUGGAGGGAUGUCCGUCCUUCAUCAUCCUGGACUGGGAGAAGACAGACAACGACACCACUGAGUACGAAGUCAUCUCCACGGCUAAAGGACCUGACGGGGAACAGGUUUCUGUCCUGACCACCGAUCAGACGCACACUGCCGUGGAGAACCUGAAGCCUGAGAGCAGUUAUGAGUUCAAGGUGAAGCCAAAGAACGAGCUGGGAGCAGGUCCACACAGUGAGCCCGUCUCCUUCAACACCGAGUCAGCUGAUCCUCGAGUGAGCGAGAACAUCUCAGGCAAAGACGCCAUCUGGACGCAGUUCCCCUUUAAGACGGACUCGUACUCGGACUGUCACGGUCAACAGUUCGUGAAGAGGACGUGGUAUCGCAAGUUUGUGGGCGUUCAACUGUGCAACUCACUGCGCUACAAGAUCUACCUGAGUGACUCACUCACUGGUAAGUUCUAUAACAUCGGGGAUCAGACCGGUUUUGGAGAAGAUCACUGUCAGUUUGUGGAUUCUUUCCUGGAGGGAAAAACAGGACGACAGCUCAGAGCCGACCAGCUGCCGUCCAGACCCGGUUUCUACAGAGCUGUCCGUCAAGAGCCCGUCCACUUUGGACAGAUGGGAGGACACUCCCACGUCAGCUACGUGUCCUGGUACGAGUGUGGAACGCCCAUUCCUGGAAAAUGGUGAAUGGAAUCGUCACAGGAGCUUGACAGAGGGUUAAAGGUCAUAACAGACUCCGCCUUCUUUACCCAGUGCUGUAAAAACAUGUAGAGUAUAGUUGUAUUUGAAGAACAUAAACAUGCCUCAGAUUUAUCACAACAAGUUUAUAGAAGAGAAGGAAUAUUUGUUUGUCGCGUUUUAUUUUGAAGGGAAGCUGGCUCCCGAAAACACGUGUUAUUUAUCACUCUUCACUCGUUACUGUCGUCAGACGCUCUCGUUGUCGCCCUCUUGUGUUUCAAUGUUUAAAUUAAGGUAAAGAAUAUAUACGACGCUGUCUUUUAUAUGUAUAUGAGAAUAUUUUAUAGAUGCAUUUCACUCAUUGUGGCCUCUUUGAUCUACUUUGAUCCUUUGAUAUACCUUUUAAUUUACUUUGAUCUAAUCUACUUUGAUCUACUUUGAACUUCUUUGAUCUACUUUGAUCUACUUUAAUCUACUUUAAUCUACUUUGAUCGUAUCUACUUUGAUCCUUUGAUCUACUACAGUUGGACUCUCUGAAAUGACAUUUGUUGCCUUGGUCAAUAUUUGAGCUUCAGCUAAAUGUGUCUACUUGUUUUGUUGCUGUAGAGUUUGUUGAGAUUUGAAAAGUGUUCACGUCCAUUAUGUCCAUCACGUCCAUCACGUCCAUCACGUCCAUCAUGUCCAUGUCCGCACAGGUAGCAAUCAGUGAAGAUAUAGCAUGAGCUCAUUGUUAUGAUCCAUUGUGUAAAUGUUAAACUUUAAUUGCUGUAACAACAUUUACAUGAGCUAACGUGCUAAUCCUGGCUAAUCCUAAAACAUGGAGGACGGGUGUGGUAGCCCCGCCUCCUGUUCACAAGACAGUGAACUGUGCCUUUAACUUUCAGCUGUUUACAUGUCAAUAAAAAGACAAAAUGUUUCUAAACA